CUGGCCACAAUUUUCAUUCGGUCAAUGAUGGUGUCGUUACUGGAGAAACAGGCGCUACUACCUCGACCAACUCGACCACCGAGAUGAAAAUGGUGCCGAUGUCCCCUGACGCAGUGUCGUCGUUUUCUGAGGCUGGGAGAACAUCGUCCACCGAAUCAUUUCACACCUUAGGUCAGAAUUCAGCUGGCCACAAUUUUCAUUCGGUCGAUGGUGCCAUUGCUGGAGAAACAGGCGCUACUAAAAGUUCUUCGGUCAACUCAACCACCGAAAUGAAAAUAGCGCCGACGUCCCCCGGCGCGAUGUCGUCGUGUCCCGAGGUUGGGAGAACAUCGUCCACCGAAUCCCUUCAUCCGAGUGUAGCUAGCAGAAAUUCCCAUGCGGUUGACAGUUCCCACUUUGUGAUUGUUAGAGAAACAGACACCUUUGGUACUUCUCGGACUGAAAGCUCCACCCAAGCGCGGGUGCUCCUUAAAUCAUUCACUUCCCGCACCCUUGAUCAGAGUCCAGUUCGCUGCAAACGCCUUGGACUCAAGGAAGCUUCACGUCGCAAAGACACUUGCAAUGUUGUCAUUUUUGGACAAACAGGCGCUGGUAAAAGUUCUUUGGUCAACUUGAUUACCAAGACGCAGGAAGUGCCCACUUCCUCCGAUGCCAAAGGAUGCACAAGGCAAACCACCGUGUAUGAGCAUGAUGUUGUGACUCAGAACAAGACCAUAAAGGUACAAUUGUUUGACACGGCCGGUCUUGAUGAGGACUCUGAGGGAACGGUCCCCGACAAGAAAGCUCAGAAGGAUCUCAAGAAGCUCCUUAAAACUCUUAUGGCGAAAGGGGGCAUUCAUCUUCUCGUGUACUGCGCGCAGGGCAUAAAGAACGUCUCGGCGCUCCAGCACAACUACAAGUUGAUUGACUCUGAAGUGAAGAGAGGAGUUCCUGUCGUCCUUGUCGUUGCAGGCCUGGAAGACCGAGAAGCGGAAGAGUGGUGGAGGAACAAUGUAACAUCCAUCUCAGAACUUGGGAUGAACUUUUUUGGCCACGCGUGUAUUACCACGUUGAUCAUCAACAAAGAUGAUACAGAUGAGGUCAGGCAGCGCCGCGAACAGUCAUGCCGCGCCGUCUGCAACCUUAUCGAACAGUGUUGUCCGCAGAAUGGGACGGAGGUUCACAGGGUAUCUACUAUUCCUGCAAGGAAGACUAAAAACAUCGUACUCUUUGGGGAGGCCGGUGCAGGCAAAAGCUCAGUCGUGAACCUCAUGGCAGGAGAGGAGGUAGCAAAGACAUCUCUUAGCAUACAACGCUGCACGCUUCAUUGGCAAGACUAUGUCAUCGACUUCGAAGGGGACUCUUAUAAGGUGUUCGAUACCAUUGGCAUCGAGGAAUCUGGACUUGAAAGGAAAGAGUACCUCGCAACAGUCGCAAACGCCUAUCGGUUCAUCAAGACGUUGGACGCGGAAGGCGGCGUUGACCUGCUUCUGUUCUGCGUUCGUGCCGGCCGAAUCACCGCUGCGCUUCAGAGCAAUUACAGAUUCUUUUAUGAAUUUCUCUGUGACAAGAAGGUUCCCAUUGUUGUCGCAAUCACAAACCUCGAAAGGGAGCAGACGAUGGAGGACUGGUGGGAGCGAGAACAUAGCAUCUUCGCUCGAUACCAAAUUCAUGUUACUGGCCAUGCGUGCAUAACCGCCGCUAAUGGAUUGGAAGGCAUACACCAACGACUUUAUGAACAAUCGCGUGUCACGAUCCGCAACCUUGUCAAGGAGAAUAUCGCUGUCAAGCACGAUCAUGUAUGGAGAGGAGGAAACAGAGUGUUCGUGUCGUUGGUGCAUGCGCUGAAUAUUCUUGUUAAGAAUCCGCAUGCGCUGCAGAAGAUUCUUGUACAGCAUCCGGGUAUCAGAAAGAAGAUCCUUGCCCGUCAACUGAAGCGUUGCGGUAUAUCUCGAGAAACCGCAGGUCAGUUGGCCAAUAUGAUCCAGCAAGGGGAAGUGUAGUACUUGACUUGCAUCUUCUCUUCUACUUGCAGAUCGUCCUUGAAGGAUACAUAGGCGUUUCUCAUUCCCGCUUGUACAGUAAAAUCGAUUAUUUUCUCCCAAUUUGAAUAUGAACGAAUAAUAUUGUUCGGGAUGGAGUACACUGUUUUUAGAAAUUUGCCGCCACCGACGGUGGGAAAUUCACGGCAUUCCAUCGCCUUCGAAG